CUGUGCGCCAGUGUGCGGUGGUACCGUAGUGCCAUCUAAUAUUAUAAUAUGCGUUGAAUAAAAAAAAUCAAAUCACAUCAGAUUCGUUGAUUCGUUGAUGCUCGAAAAUUGAAAAAUCUCUCUCUGACUAACUAAUUCUGAGUAACUAAUUUCAAAUAUAUCUAAUUGAUUUAAUAAUAAUGUUUGGCAAGGAAGCAUUGAAAUUAAUAAGUGAAUUGGAUCUUUCAGAAGAGAUAAAACCCUUCAAUGUAAUUAUACGCAUCGAUUCUUUUUUGUUAACCUCAAAAUCGCAUAUUAUCUUUUAUUAUUUAUAAUAUAAUAUAAUAUAAUAUAGUAGAUAGAUAUGGUAGGUACUUACAUAAUUGCAGUUCUCUACAAUUCCCGAUGGAACAAUCUCACCAAUCGUAUUUUACUUUUUACAUAAAUUUUUCAGCAAAUUAUCAUCUUAUGAUUUUUCUUUUUUAUGGUAUUAUGUUCAGGAGGCAAUAUUUCGUCAAGUACUGAAUGAAAUGCAAACUCUAUACGAAGCUAAUUGGGAAGAUGUUUUGUAUUAAUUUUCUUUUGCUCCAUGAAAGAAAUGCAACUCUAGCAGACAGCACGGCAACGUCUCGUUAUACAUCAGUCCAGCUAAGACAUGCAGCAUUGAACAGAAAUAAGCGGUGUCUCUUGACGUACGUUUAUAAUCGAAUGCAAAGAAUAAGGAAAAUGAGAUGGGAAUUUGGCAGUGUUUUACCUCCUGAAAUCAACAGUAAUCUGAUGCCUCUAGAGAAUCAGUGGUUUCAGGCUUAUAGUAAAUCUCUAGCUACUUAUAUGAAAUCCAUUGGAGACAAUUAUGGAUUGAAUUUAACAAUGGAUAUGAUCCCUCCGAAAUCUCUCUACAUUGAGGUAAGGUGUUUGGUGGAUUAUGGAAAAUUAGAAUUGGAGGAUGGCCAGAUCAUUAGUUUAACAAAGAAUACUCAUCACUUACUGCCCAGAGCUCAGUGUGAAGCGCUUGUGAGGCAAGGAAUUCUAGAACAUAUUAGUACUUAGCUUCAAGCUUUUUUAUGUCUUCAAAAAUAUCGAGCUCACAGUAUUCAAAUUAAUUUUCUUACAUGUUUUAUAUAUUUUUAUAUUACCCAUUGUAAAAGAGAAGUAAGUGAAAAAAAAAUGACAAGGAGAAUACAAAUUUUUUUAUACAUAAGCAACAUAAUUAUGUUUUUUAAUGUGAAAAGGAUGAACAGAUGCGUUCAUGAAUAAAACUAAUAAGAUCUUUA